GUGGGGCGGGGGAGAGCCGGUUGGCUGUUGCCCCCUGUCAAGGUGCGCGCGCGCGGGCGGAGGCUUCUGGGAGCUGGCCUCGUGAGCCGCAGAACAUGCAGGGGGAACAGAGUCCGGCCGCUUCCCUCAUCGACCGGACCAUCAAGAUGAGGAAGGAAACGGAAGUGAAGAAAGUGGUCUUGGCGUGGGGACUUCUGAACCUGUCGGUUGCCGGCAUGAUUUACACUGAAAUGUCUGGGAAACUAAUCAGUUCCUAUUAUAACAUUUCGUGCUGGUUACUGUGGUAUAUCGAACUUGCCUUUGCAUCGCUGUUCAGCCUCAAUGCCUUGUUUGAUUUCUGGAGAUACUUCAAGUACACCGUGGCCCCAACCAGCCUGGUCGUCAGUCCCGGACAGCAAUCCCUCCUCGGGUUGAGGAACGCAGUGGUCCAAACAACUCCGCCGCAUGAGCUGGUGCCGAAGAGAACGCCCCCUUCCACAACCUCGUCUCCAGUCCAGGGGCAAAGCGUGCUGAGUUACAGCCCCUCCCGUUCACCUAGCGCCAGCCCCAAGUUUCCCGCCAGCUGUAUGUCCAGCUACAGCCCUCAGAUGCAGGGUCUGUCCGGCGGGAGCGGCUCCUUCAGCACCUCGAUGUCCUAUUCGCCGGGCAGCAGCUACAAUAAGGGGCACCCUUUCAGCCCGUCUCCAGGCUCUCCUCCGUACCCCACCAGCCUUGGUCCAAUGGAUACCAGCGGAAUGAGGUCUCGCUACCGCUCCUCGCCGACUGUGUAUAACUCGCCGACUGGCAAGGAGGACUACAUGACGGACCUCAAGUCGCUCGAGAGCUUCCUUCGGAGCGAGGAUGAGAAACAGCAUAGAGUUCAACUGGGUAGCCUGGAUUCCAGCUCUCCUUCCAGCAGUCCCACCUUCUGGAACUACAGCCGGUCCAUGGCGGACUAUGCCCAGAUGCUGCGGAAGUUCCAGUACCAGCCCGCGUGCAGGUCUCAGGCGCCCUCAGCCCACAAGGACGAGGCCGACCUCAGUUCCAAGCAGGCCGCUGAAGAGGUUUGGGCGAGGGUGUCCAUGAGUCGCCAGCUGCUGGACCACAUGGACUCCUGGACGGCCAAGUUCCGAAACUGGAUUAACGAGACCAUUUUAGUGCCUCUCGUGCAAGAAAUGGAGUCUGUGAGCACUCUACUGAGAAGGAUGGGCUGUCCAGAGCUACAGAUCGGAGACGCCAGCAUCAGCAGUCUGAAACAGGCAGCCCUGGUGAAAGCGCCCCUCAUUCCCACGCUGAGCAUGAUCGUGCAGUACCUGGACCUUACGCCCAACCAGGAGUAUUUGGUCGAAAGGAUCAAAGAACUGUCCCAAGGCGGGUGCAUGAGCUCGUUCAGAUGGAACCGUGGCGGAGACUUCAAGGCACGCAAAUGGGAUACCGACUUGCCCACCGACUCUGCGAUCCUCAUGCACAUGUUCUGCACUUACCUGGACUCCCGGCUGCCCCCUCAUCCCAAGUACCCGGACGGAAAGACCUUCACCUCCCAGCACUUCAUUCAAAUGCCUGACAAGCCAGACAUCUCGAACGAGAACUUGUUUUGCAUCUACCAGAGCAGCAUCAAUCCCCCCCACUACGAACUCAUCUACCAGCGAGACGUCUACAAUCUGCCCAAGGGCAGAAACAACAUGUUCCAUACCUUGCUGAUGUUCCUGUACAUCAUAAAGACCAAAGAGUCCGGGAUGCUCGG